AUGUCUCCCAAAGUUAUCGUCGUUUUUGGUGCUACAGGACAGCAGGGUGGCUCUGUCGCUGCUUCGUUUCUCAAGAACAAGGACUACACCGUCCGAGCUGUCACCCGAAACCCAGAUAGCGACAAGGCGAAGGCGCUUGCUGCCAAUGGCGCCCAAGUAGUCGCUGCAGAUCUCGACGACUACAAGAGCCUCGUCAAGGCAUUCCAGGGCGCGUCUGUCGCUUUUGGCGUAACAGAUUUCUGGACACUGUUACCGAUCGUCGGAUUGGAUGGUGCCUUUGAGGGCGAGAUCCAGCAGGGCAAGAACCUCGCCAAUGCCGCAGCAGCCACCCCCACGCUCGAGCACUACGUUUGGAGCAGUUUACCAUCUGCAACAACCACUACCCAAGGCAAAGUCUUCGUUCCUCAUGUUGAUAGUAAAGCGCGCGUCGACGAAUACAUCCAUUCCACCCUUCCUGAUCUCGCGAAGAAGACCACUUUCUUCUGGGCCGGAUUUUACGCUACAAACUUGGGGAGCUUUGUGCCUCCGGUAAAGCAGGAGUCGGGGAAGUACGCAUGGGUUCUGCCGUGUACACCGAAGGCAACAGGUCCUAUGAUGGGACUGACGGACGCGAAUGUGGGCGUUUUCGUCAGUGCGAUCCUGGCGAAGCCCGAGAUUACUCUUCCUGCGAAGAUCGUCCUCGGGUCGGUUGAAGUGUUGACGAUGGGCAAGGUUCUGGAGUUAUGGGGAGAGGUGAAUGGUGUCGAGACAGUCUUUGUGCAGAAAGAUCCCGAGGAGUACGCCGCUUCGUUCUUUGCUGGUCCGGUCUUUGGGAAGGAGUUAGUGCUGAAUAUAGAAUUCUUCGAGCAGGGCUUGGAAGGUUGGUCAAAGAGUGGCGAGAAGAUUUUGACGAAGGAAGAUCUUGGGAUCCAGGAUGCAGAGUUGGUCAGUACAAAGCAGGCGUUUGAGAGGAUGGACUGGAGCAACGUUGUAAAGGCAUAG